CUGAGAAAUGAUCGCGUUUUUAUGAGGUUUCGGAAAAUAUACAGGCUUGAUCAGCUGACGACGAUACGAAUUUAAUUCCGCGAAUCAACGUGUGUUCAGUACCUCCAAUAUUGUACAGUAUUCGGUAACGUUCUGAUCAAUCAAAUCGAUGCGGAAAAUAUGGAUAUAUAAUUAAUUGUUAUUGCACACAUGAAAAAUGACUGAUAGCUACGAGAUAUACGAUUUCAUUCACACCUGCUGGACUGACGUUUUCGAGAAAGUUCAAGGUGCUGCUGUUUACAUUGAUCAUGCUGCGUCUGAAUGUUUACACUGGUACACAGGCGACAAGGCAUAUUUGUCCCUUAAGAAUGCAGGGGCAGAAUCUGUUCACGAAUUGGCAAUGUACAAUUUUCAGUAUGUCAGAGUUCAUGGUACUACUAAAGCAGUUAUUGUCGUAACAUCUGCUGACCAAUCUUUUUACCAGAGGACACUGAAACUUAUCAUCGAAAAAAAUUCUUUCGACAAUUGCACAAUUGUAUGUGCAGUUCAUUUUACCAUAUUCAAAUACACGAGUCUAUUUGCCGAUGGAGAUGAAAAUAGCUAUGAACAACUGAGACAACAUGUUUUAAGUUGGAUGAGGAUGAAAAAUCUAUCAAAGGAUCCAGAGGUCGAAGUUAUGUUUCGUCCAUUGUUUGCAGCACCUAUAACAAGAAAUGUGUUUGUUGCGCCACCUUUUGGGAGACUUAUGCCUCCCAUAGAUGGUGAAUUAAUUGAAGAACAUGAAACAAGUGCAGAUUAUUUGGUUAGCUCAUUGCACAGUUUAUUUGCACACUUCAAUGUUAAAGAGGAUAUUUAUUCACUGGGUAAACACAGCGAAUAUAUCGCUGACAAAUUGGAGAAUUUACAAGCUGCUGUUGAUAGAAGGAAGUUAUUAAUAGGUCAAUCAGGCGUUACAUUGAUUUUGGUGGACAGAACAAUGGAUUUAUGUACAGUUGCUAAACACGACACGGAAUCAAUGCUUUCGAGAAUCCUAGGUACACUGCCACAUUUACCAUAUCACAACAAUGAUGUUUCCAUUAACAUGACGCCUUUGUGUCCAAACGGUGAGGAGAGUCCAUUGACCAUGAUGAUCUCUGGAUGCUUGGCGAACGACGACGAUACAACACUAAAUCUGCUAAUAGAAAAAAAGCAAAAAGAUGUUUUGCUCACACUGAACAAAUGGUUGAUGGAAAUGUCGCUGGUGGAACAAAGCCCUAAAACUCGAAUACCAACACGAGUUACGGUUCACAGUUUGGAAAAAAAUGUGCACACCUUUCGAGAUAUUGAGAAAAUUGAGAGCAUAGCGAGGUCGAAUAAAAAGCUUCAGAUUAUCUUAGCAGUGAUUCAAUCAUUGAAAUCCAACAAAACUGCUCAAAUCGAGCUCCUCGUCAGUCUGGAAAAGUUGGUGCUCCAGAAUUUGGCUGUGAGCGGAGUAUCCUCGAGCAUCCUUUCUCAAAUAAGCAACAUUGUGAAAAUGCGAAACGCUAGAGGAUUGGACAUGGAAAAUUUGUUGGUUUUAUUAAUUUUUAUCUAUUCCCUGGCUGGUACGGAAAUCCCAUUUUCAAGUGUGCAAGAAGAAUCCUUAAGAAGCUCUUUGAUCGAAGCUAUAUUCGAGGACAUACAGAAAUGUAACGAUUCCGUGGAAACCAACGAAGUGUCGAUUUAUCAACAAACUUUACUUCUUUUGGGUGCCAACGAUGAAAAAAUGGCGAGGGAUUCGGCGAUCAAAAUUACCGAACAGAUAAUCAACGUUUUACAUGCGAUCGCAAAGCAACGGGAAACCCUUCAUGAUUAUCGGUCCAUGAUCGUCAAACCAAGUCCCCAAGAAAUGGCUCAAUGUGUUGGACUGAUAGAACGCCUUGUUAAAGAUAUUUUGGAUCCAGCAAAACCGGAAAUUCAAGAUUUGCAGAGGAAAACUGCGUCCCUCAUUUCAGCGGGAUUUAACUUACUUCUAAAGGGUCGAACGAAACAUCAUCCAACGGAUAAUCCAUGGAUUAUAAUCUACGUUCUCGGUGGAAUAACAGCUGAGGAAGCCAAGAUAGUCGAAGAUGUUGCAUCAUCGAGAUCGAAUAUUCCACGAAUAACAUUGGCUGGAUGUCGCUUGUUGUGUCCACUCGAUGUUUCCGACAAAGUUCUUCUAUCUACUAUAAAUAUUUAAAGUUUGUUAACAACAAUUUUGCUGAUUUUAUAUUAAAGUUCAUAUCUUUCGCAAGGCCA